UGUUCAAAGGUGGCGCCUCAAAGUUUGAGUCUCAUGUUUUUUGGUAAACAAAAAAUAAUUACAAAUUGCGAAUUUCAACUUUAAUUGUGUUAACUGUGCAAGAACUUGAUCGUGUUUUUCUAGUUUUUCGAUAAAAUGCGUCGUAGGUUCUUCUGGCCUUCAGGAAUCGUCAUUAGAUUUGUCAGAGAAGGAUGCAUUAAUCGACCUUUCUAUCAUCUUGCGGUAUUGCCAGCUAAGAAAAGAGUCGGUAGAGUUCCUGACGAGGUGAUAGGUUCAUUCGAUAUUUUUGCGAAUGAAAAUAAUGAGCGUUUAUUUGCUGUUGAUAUUGAUAGGCUGAAUUAUUGGCUUGGUAAAGGUGCUAAAUUAUCGCCUGGUACAUCAGCUUUAUUAGGAUAUGCUGGAAUACUUGAACCAAGUCCUGCGUCCUUAUUAACUGCUUGGAGAAAUAGAAUAGCAAAAGAAAAUCCUGAAGCUCCAGAGAUACAGCAAAAGAAAAGAGCAUACACUGAGGAUAUGUUUCUUCGUGGAAUUAUUCCUUGAGCUCGUGCAACACAACAUUAGAUUUGUAGCAUUAUUAAAUUUGUACGUUAUAGUCACAUUCAUCAACGUAAAACUAUUAUUGUGGAGAUGUAAAUAAACUUAAAUGGAUAAACUACAUUUGGAAAGUUUCA